AUGGGCUGUUCAGGUGGUCACUUCCAAAACGUCUUCUCGCACCUUCCACAGGUGUUUUUUCUUCCCAACGGCGCACAAAUUCAUCAUUUUGUAAAGGAGAAGAAUUUAUCUGUUUAACAGUCUGGAAAGUUGGACACAACCCUACAGAUCCAUCAUGGCUUGGUAAAAGGAGAGAGAAGACGUCUACAAACUAAAAGGAAAGAAUUUGAUUCCAAACUGGAAGUUUCUGGAAAUUGGUUGAUAACUCUCAGUUGAGUUACUGGAAAACGCGAAUUGCAAAAUUUCCUAUUUUUCUGAGAAAAGAUGCCUCAAAGUUUCAUCUUCUUACACAGUAAAGAAGUAUAGUAAAUCAAGGACUUUGUCAAUAAAAUUUUAACCUUCAAUGUUCUGAUUAAAUUUUCCCUUUUAAGCUUCAAAUUAUAAGUGAAAAUGCAUUUUUUAGAUUAUGAAUGGUCAUUCAAUUUUCCAUGAAAAAAAACGCAAUAAAAUAUAGAUUCUUGACAGUUUUUGAAACAUUUUUCGACAGGAGGUGAAAAUCUCAAUGUUUUUCUUUCAACGGCACCGGCCGUAGGACAUUUUUCAUUUCACCGACAACAAUAUUGGUGGUCGCUUUCUACAUUUCGGAACAAUUACAAGGUUUAUUUCCACCAUUUUUCCAACGUAAUGGAAUUUGAAACAUUCGAGAAGCUUUCACUGACAGAUUUCUUUUCAUGAAAAGUUUCCAAUAUCUUUUCCAAAAUCGAGAAAACUCUCUCUCCUUGACAAACCUGGAGAAAGUUUGACUUUUUCGCCUUCUCUAGAAAACUCUUCGAUGAAGGCGGUUAUCAUCAGCUUUUUUUGUCAAAUCAUAUCGGACGCAGUGUUACACUUCUCUUGGUGGUCUUCUGUCUCAUUCUCAUUUUCCUGUAUUCUUCGUGGCUCUUCUUUCUUGGAAAUACUCGAUUUUUCCCGACUUGUUAAACCACUUGAUUCAAACCGCCACGGUUGCUUUGCGUUUUGUGAAAUGUACUCAUGAUUUUGGUACGUAUCACACAGCUGCGCCAGACCUUUAGUGACUUUCCUCUUACUCUAUAGGAUGCAACCUAGCGCAAGUAGUUCUCCGUUGGACGCGAUAGAUAAAAAUAACCGCUUUACGAGAAUCAAGCAGUUUUUUGUCGUGGAAGAGAGUAUAACUUUUUUAGAAGCUUUAAUUAAUUAAAAAAUCUCUUCAUUAGUCUUUUACAGAAGUCAUGUCAAAGAAUUCCGCCUACGGAGAAGAGCCUUGUCGGAUGUGUCGGAUUCCUGCAUUGGCCGUGAGCGAAAUGUUCGAAAACUUAGAAGAACUCGAAAAAAUAUCCCUGCUGCUUUCCUGUCCGUGCUGGCUAGGUCGUGUGGGCUCCUAUAUCAAGUAAAGCUUUUUUUGGACUUUUUUUAAAUCAUGAAGGUUCUCCCAGGACUCUCUCCCACAGAACGGAGUUGUACGUCUAUUCGAAAGAACUCUUCGGAAUUCGAAUCAAGAUUCCCAACAAGGAGAACGAUGAAGAAUACUUGGUGGGUACGAAAAAAUCGCAAUUCAGAGAGCAUUUCACAGAAGAUUUUGAGAUUUGCCUGAGCCUUCUUUGAUGACAAAAGAGAAAAAAUUAUGUAGGUUGGGCGGCUUUUUAUCGUCUUCUCACGCCUUCCUAUAGUUUGAGCGCGUCGGCGCCCCAAGCCAUAGUUUUCGCAUAUCAAUAUUCCUUAAACUCUUUAGUUAGGGCGCAGCGGGGAUCGAACUCGUGACCCUGUGGACCAUAGAUACUCCCCCAACUUGUUGCGCUACGGCCCCACACUGCUUAGCUUUUUAUCUGGUACUUUAAAGAGCAUUCUCGGCGGUUUCCAAAUAACUACCAAAGGAAAACCUCUUGUGAAUGAUUGAAUUUGAGAUUCCGGAGGAAAAAAGCCGCGACUUCACGCUUUGCACUCUCGAAGGCUUCCACGAACUGACCAAAUACCUUCGAUUUCCCUCGUUGGUACUGGCGGCAGGCUUCUGCCGUCAGAUGAAUGCCGGAUUUUUCACAGACGACCUCCUGCAAGACUUCACUAAAGUAGGCGCUAGAUUUUCAUUAUGUUUAGAACUUCGCGAUGUAAAUCAAUGAAAAAGGUACGAAAAAAAAAACAAGGAUAGCGUUGUCCAAAAAAAAGAAAGAUUCAGAGACCGACUGGUGAGCCCUCAACACAAAAAGCUCCAAAAAACUUAGAAACCUCCGUCUCCAAAGCUCUAAAUCGAAAACAUUGAAACAAAACAAAUAAGUGAAAGUUAUAAACUAAAAUAAUGCUUGAAAAUUACACAAUUUGGACGUGUCGUCGAAUGCAACGUUCGCUGUGCAAUCGUCCACACGUACUCCUUUGAUACCGUAAUACUAUGUCUUAAAAUAAGCCGGGUGAAGUAUUUCGUGCUUCAGGCAGAAAAUUUGUGAAUUCUUAACAGUUAUGUUGUCUCCAACUUCAAGAUACCAGCGCUUAAACAGCGAGUGCAUAGAAAUAAGGGAAAAAAAAGUUAAAAUAACCGCUUCAAGUCAUUUUUCCUCGAAUCUCUUUCGGAGCCGUCUGAAUUUCAGUUGACGGUCGUUCAAAACGACGGCGUGCCAGUCGCAGAAAUCCAAGCAACGAUUCGACUUUUGCCAAACCUAUCUUCUCUCUCCGUCCGUGGCAACUGUUACAACAAAAAAGUUCUGAAUGUUGAAAAACUGGUGCAAGUAAUGAACGCAUGUCGGGAGCUCAGGUAGGUCGAUGAAUUGAAACAAUUAGUAAUCCAGAGAUUUCAGGGUUACUUGCCAUAAUCGGAGCUUGAAGAUUUCAAACACCAGCUUGAAUCAUUUGAUAAGACUCAAUAAAAAUGAGACGACUCCUUUUUCGCUUUACAUAAAUGGCUCAACGGUCUCCUCGAUCACUGUCGACAAAGUUAUGGAGCUCUUGAAGGUUUGAAAGAUUUUAUGAGUCUAUUAACUCCGUGCAAGUAUCACGCAGUUUUCUUAAAAAAAAGUUGGAAGAACGGUUUCAGGUGCUGUUCAACCGGGACAAGGAGGCGAAUCUCUCGCACGUGCACAAGUUCAGAACAUCCGUGUUGUUAUACAAAAACAACAAACUCCCGGAUCGGCUUUUCACGCGCUUGAUCGAGCUUCAUCGGUUCAUCGCCAUCAAGCCCGGAAAGACGCUUCACUUCAUCGGUUCUUCCAUAUUUCUCUUCGAACGAAUUCAUCUCAGCUACAUGCUUUGA